GAGGGCACACAUGACUCAAAUAUGGACGCGCACAGUGUCGGUUAUGUAUUUAAUAGAUUUAUGUUAUGUUUUAGCAAAUAUACUUUUUAAUAUAUGGAAAACAUGCCGCUUGGCAGAGAAGCCGUCUGAGCUGUGAGAUACUCCGGAGAUGCCUUCACGUUUGCAGAGGCUUUGCACCUCCUACAUGGCCCUCAUCAAGAGCAGACCCCAUCAUUUGACUGUACUCUCUCAGAGCAAGGCUUUUCACUACACUGCCUAUAGAUUGCAAUGUUCGACCCCAGAGUCUUCAUCCCCAUUCAACUGUGUGGACCAGACACAGAAUGUCUCAGAACCAGCAGAACAGGGUCCUCCAUCUCCCCCCACCUGCUGUUGCAUGAGCGGUUGUCAUAACUGCGUGUGGAUCGAAUAUGCUGAAAAGCUGUUGAAAUAUUACAGUGAUGGUGGAGACAGAGCUCUGGCAGCCAUUGAGGAGAAUGUUCUCGAUGACAACUUGAAGGCUUAUCUUAAAAUGGAGAUCAAACUACUGAAGAAGUAUUGAUGAUAGUGGACAUAGUGAAUUCUAAAUCAGUGUUUUGUUGCAGAAAUUAAGAUAUUUGUGCACAACUAGCACAUGGGUGAAUUUUUUUGGUUGAAACUUAUGAAGCCUGUGAAAAAACAGGGUCAUAUUUCACCCCAAAAUAAAUAAAAAAAGAACAAAAAGAGAAAACAAAAGAAAUGAUCUUUUGCCUAAAGACAAUUCUGCCUAUUUUUAGCAUUUUUUCAUUGUGACAUUAUUUUUAUGUCAAUUAAGCACACUGACUGCAAAAUUCUAAUUACCAUAAUGCUUUAGUACAUUUUACUUUUUUAGUUUUUUUCCUUAUUAUUAUCAAAUCUGAAUACUACAGUAUUAUUUACUGUAUUAAAGUAAAAAGUUACUUAAAUACAAUUAGUUUUACAUUAAAAUCAGCAUAAAGGCAGUACAGCAAAUACUACCAUGAUAUAUAAAUACUGGAUCAUUUAAGAUAUUUUAUUCACAUUACAGUGAAUUUGAGAACACAUCAGGUUUAUUAUAGUUUUGAAUGUUUUAUUUAGUCUGUCAUUUCAUUUUAGUUUUCAUAAUUUUUCACACUUUGUUAGUUUUAGUUGAGAUUUUACUGGUUUAAUUUAAAAUGUCCAAUGUCAUUAAGUUUCUAGGAGCAGUCUUGUGUUACCUCUAUCUAGUGGCAUUUUCAUUUUUAAUUAAGGUAGAUUGUAAAUGUUUCAGAUUUGAUAAUAUAUGCCUACUGUGUAUGAAAAACUAAAUUCAUUGUCAUAUUUAUUUUAUUUUAGUUAGUUUUGGAGUUAUGAAAACGUUUUUAGUUUCCGUUUUUCCAGUCAUUUCAGUUUUUAUUUCAGUUAAUGAAAAAAAAAAUUGAUUUAGUUUUAGUUUUAUUUUCAUUAACAAUAAUAACACUUGUCAGAAUAUGGGCUCAAGGUGACGGUCAGCAGACCUUGAUUCAUAUGAUUGAAUUUGCAUUGCUGUUGCCUGGAUGCAGAAUUCCAUUUCAUUUUAUUUGUCUUAAAAACUGCUUUAUUUGAUUAUAUGCUGUAUUAAAUUUCAUUACAUGUUGGCUAUGUUUUAGCAUCUUCACAUAAUGUAACACAGUUAUUUUAAUGGAAAUAUAUAUGAAAGUUUGUUUAAACAGAAUUGUAAAUUUUCAAGGACAUAAGAACAUGUUCAGUAUCACUUGACUACAGAAAAGACAAAUGUCAGACUACUCCCAUGAUAAGACCUUGUUAUCUGGAGAAUAUUUUUUUUUUUUUCAUUACUUAAAGAGUGAACUGAGAUGUUACAAUGAUGCUAAAACAAAUGUUAUUAAAUGUUAUAAGAUGUAAUUAUAAAUAUGUUUGAUACAUUUGCAGAUGAAGAGAAAGCACACAAUUUCCUAUAUAUCACUUAUUUAUUGUUGUAUUUAUAAAGACUGAGAUGUCUGAGAUGAAUUUUGGUGAUGAAAAUCAUGGUUUGUAUUAAUUAAAAUAAGGCUUAAUGUAAAAGUUGUUCUUUUUGCAUCUUUAUAAAUUUGGCUUAAAAAAAGAGCAAACAUCUUUCAAGAUUUUAGUUACACAGUAAUCACCAAAACAAUAUGUAAAAUUGACAUGGAAUACCCAUCCAAUUAAUCUCCAAUUCUUCUUAAUGCUUGUCACUCAUAUAGAAGUAUAAAAUAAAAGUGUGGUUUCAUAUGAGGGUGU